AUGUCGUCGUCGCAGCAGCUGCAGGCGGCGAGGAGGGAGGAGAGCGAUUCCGUGGAAGAGCAGCGAGAAACAAAAAGACUCCAGGUGAGUACCGAGCUCAGCAACGACGCCCAUUCAACGACUGCAGCGGAGGUAGAGCGGGCGCGGGCGGAGCUGAAUGAGGCUCGCGCAAGCAAUGACCAAGAGCAGAUAAACGCAGCAAAGCAAGAGCUUGCGCGGGCGCAGCUGAAGGCAGAGGUAGGGCAUGCGCGGGCGAAUGUAGACGCGGCGCUCGCAAGCAAGGACAGAGCGCAGAUAGCCGGAGCAAAGGAAGAGCUGGCGCGGGCGGAGCUCAAGGCGGCGCGCGCAAGCAAGGACCACGAGCAGAUAACCGCAGCAGAGGCAGAGCUUGCGCAGGCGCAGCUGAAGGCAGAGGUAGAGCUUGCGCGGGCGGAGCUCAAGGCAGAGGUAGAGCUUGCUCGGGCGGAGCUCAAGGCGGCUCGCGCAAGCAAGGACCACGAGCAGAUAACCGCAGCAAAGGAAGAGCUUGCUCGGGCGGAGUUCAAGGCAGAGGUAGGGCUUGCGCGGGCGGAGCUCAAGGCAGAUGUAGAGCUGGCUCGGGCGGAGCUCAAGGCGGCUCGCGCAAGCAAGGACCACGAGCAGAUAACCGCAGCAGAGGCAGAGCUUGCGCGGGCGGAGCUCAAGGCAGAGGUAGAGCUGGCGCGGGCGGAGCUGAAGGCGGCUCGCGCAAGCAAGGACCACGAGCAGAUAAACGCAGCAGAGGUACAGCUUGCGCAGGCGCAGCUGAAGGCGGCGCUCGCAAGCAAGGACGAAGCGGAGAUAACAAUGGCGACGGAAAAUGUAUCAAGGGCGGAGCUGAAGGCAGAGGUAGGUCUCUUGAGGGCGCAGCUGAAUGCAGUGCUCGCAAGCAAUCACGAAGAAACGAUAACUCAAUCAAAGCUAGCCUUGCGCAUCGCUGAGUCAUCGCUUGCAAGCAUCCGUGCAUCUACACCUCUGCGGGUGGAUGUUCUAGUCAUGCAUGCAGUCUCUGAGAAAUAUCCCUUUGAGUUGGAGAAAAUACUUGAAGGCCUGCGGAUGUGCAUAGAAAAAUCGCUGGGAUCAAAAGCUAGGUCGUUGAGCGAAUCAAACCCAAUCGACAAAGUAGUAACCGAUAGUGCGGAUCGAGCAGCUUGUACAGUCUCAUGCAUGAUUGAGGCCUGCUCGGGAAGCGGAAAAUCGUUGUGUGCGGCAGACUACUUCGUACGAAACCCAAAGACCUCACGAUAUUGCUUGUUUGGAUACACCCAGGAACAGGAAUUAUAUCUUCAGGUGGACAGUAUCUCGCAGCUCAUCAAUGUAGCAAUCGAUCUAGACCUCCAAGCGUGUGAUCAGAAGCUUGCAUUUGAUAAACCAGAUGAGUGCAAGGUGAAUGUUUUGGAUAUUGAUCUUCUGGAAUCCAGCUGGAAUAUUCUUGGUGCACUCGGAUACCUGUUUGGGAAGACUGAAACUGUAGCCAAGGUGACGUUGCAGCAUGCAAAGAAGUGGACAAAGGACAAGGACUUGUGGCUGCUCGUCGAUGAAGCGAUACCGGGGUAUCAGGAUACCACCGACCUUGUAAACCCAAUCGCUCGACUGGUCUUCUUCAAACGUAUUCUUCGUGAUGCAGGCUUUAAUACUAUCAUGCUGGGGACAAACACUCUGGUGAUGAAUUUCAACAAAGCUUUGCGACAGACCGACAACAGCCGAGGUCGGAACCCAGAGCAUUUAGUGUGUAUCACCCAUCGAGCGCUUCCUCCGAUGAUUUUACAGUCUGAAAAGCAGCAUGCUUUGCUCAGGAGUUUGUUUGGGGAGGAGCAGUGCAGCUUGUUUCUCGACAACGUUAACCCAUGGCUUUGCAAUCAGAUGUUGAAGGGCUUCAAGGGCGCCACGGAAGAGAUAAAAGACCGCGCAGAUUUGUUUCGAGAUCUGGCUGGUCCAGUGUUGGCAGAAAGACGUAAAGAAAAGAAGAAUCUCAGCGAUGCAUCGUUGUAUUGUAUGUUUCAGAUUGCAACGCACGAUGCCAUUUCCCAGGCACACAUCAUGCAAGGGUUCGGUCUCUUGAACAUCUGGCCACAAGGCGAAGUCCCUGCACGUGGUAGUCCGGGGUCAAUCAUUGAUCUUGAUCGGCGUGAUGACAAGAUUUACAUGAUGAAUACAGAUAUCCACAACAUAUCCUGCAGGUUUCCUCCGGCCUGGGCCGAUCCCAUCACUACAGGGAUUUGCGCUGGUGGCGGAAGACCUUUUCGCAAUUUAGCAUCAGGGCUCGAGGUGUUGAGGAGGAUUCACCAAGAUACUGUCAAGCCCAGGGAGGAUCCCACAGCAGUUGAUGCAAUGCGUAGAGACGGGAAUGUUCUCGAAUCGUUUGGGGCAGUCGUCCUUAUGUUGACAAGCUGGGCCAAACCAGAGGACAUUCUAUCGACUCUCAGCUAUCAUUGUGGACGAGAAGUGAAGAGCACAGUGACGCAGGUGCUUGCUGCCGUGGAUGACAAGGAGGCUGCAGAGCAGUUCCGGCAAGUUUUGACGAGAUGUUUGUGUAAUCUGAUUCCCCUUCGUGACGAUGAAAGUAACAUGCUUGACGGAGAAGUUUUCGGCUACUACAUUCGUUGCAUGGAUAAGCGCGAACGAGACGGAUGCUUUUCUGGCCCUGUCUUCGGUCCUGAUAGGAGAAGAAUGAAGGGUGCAGCAGAGUUCAAGAACUGGAGAGUGUCGGUCAAUUCAUCUGAUCUCAAGUGUUUUGUGGAAAAGCUGUCCAAGAAUGGAGAGGACCUCCUUCUCUUCAUGGCGCCAGCCUUUGGAGAUUUUAAGUACGAGUGGAUCUUACCACGAUUAGGGGUUUCUGAUUGGUUGGUUCUGCAUUGGACAAUUGAUGGGGCGCAUCUAGAUUGGCGUACUUUCCACCAUGUAGUCCAAGACGGUGAGAAAAGAUACAGAAUUUUGGUGCUUAUGGAGGUCGGGUUAUCAACGAAACCUUUUUGUGAACCGUCGAUGCGCCAAGAUCAGAUUGAUGCCUAG